AUGGCUGAGCACCUGAAGGUGUGCUGUGAGAAAAUUGGACGUGGAUCAAAAAGCCGAAGCUGGAAAGGGAACAGUAUACCAAAAACAUUACUGAACAAGAAAACCUGGGUAAGGAUCCUCAACCGUAACCCUCUGACAGUUGUCGAAGAUCCUUUCCUUUUUAAAUUGCCAACGUUAAAAUAUCUGGACCUGGGGACCACACAGGUGCAACUGACAACAGUUGAGAACAUCCUCAUGAUGACUCUGGAGCUGGAACAUCUGAUCUUACCUAGCCACAUGGCCUGCUGCCUCUGCAAAUUUAAAGUUGAUAUUGAGGUUAUCUGCAAAACAAUCAAACUGCAUUGUAACGCUGGAUGUUACACUGGAUGGACAAACACCACACAUUGUCUAUCCACAACAUCUAUAAGGAACCCAGAAGGAACAUUCAUGAAGGUGUUGCUGGCCCGGAAGGAGAAUACCAGAGCCGAGCUCACUAUUGAACCAGAAAGGGUCCACUCAGACAGAAACGAUCCUAGCUCUUCAGGCCUCAUGAAUGAGCAGCUUGACUUUAACGAUGAAAGUGAUGUUAUUAGUUCCCUCAAUUACAUAUUACCGUAUUUCUCGGAGGGGAAUCUGGAAGAUGUGGUAUCGACAUUGCUACCAUUCAUUAAACUCUUGUUUUCUAAUAUACAGAAUGGAGAUAAUCCACUGGGACCCUUCCAAAACGACACAAAGAGCCUUACUCUUAAAUCAGUACCUAAGUCGCCUAACAAAAAUAAAGUGAAUAAGCUUUAUUUUCUAGAAAAUCUGUUAGAUGCAGAAAUUGAUGAUGUGAGAGAGAAAGAGAAAACCGCCAUGCUUGUGCAGCCGGCGAGCCAUUUAGAUCCCAAAUUCAAACGAGGAAUAUUUGAAAAGAGGUGGGAACCUGCCCAGGCAGACGAAGACAGUCUUGCAGAGAUCGAGAAGGCAGAGAGAAGGCUCCUCAGCAUGAGCAGGGCCCCCGAGGGGACAGGAAGCUUAAGGAAGAGGCACUUCAAGGAGGUGAGAGUCAAGAGCCCAUGGAGCAAGCAGAGCGCCCAGACGCCUGUGGAGAACAGCGCCAAGGACAGGCAGCUCGGGAGUCCAGCCUCAGUGGAGCUGCAGCAGCUCCAUCUGGAGCAGAAGCCCAGGGCAUUAGUGGGAAAUUCCUUCCCUUCAGAGCCCUUACUCGCAAAGGAUCAUGGGAAGGAACUCUCUUCCUCCCUAGGACCGGCCCUGGUGGACAAGGCUCCUGCUCCAAAAUCGCUACCUGAGUUCCUAGACAGACGGAAAGACUUGUCUUAUACCAUUUUUGUUUUAGAAAGUGCAAAUGCUAAUGUGAAGAGAGCAAAGGGUUCUAACCCAAAUUUACAACCUGAAGAGAGACGUGGAAACCUUAGGAAGAAAAAAUCUCAUUUCCAGUUGAUUACAAAGAGACCAGCGGCAGCAUCCUCUGCAGUGAGGAGCCUGGUAAAUUCCCCUGCACAAGAGAUCUUUUCAUCUUUAGACCUGAGUUACCCAGAAAAGCCCUUUUCAGAAUCAUAUACUGCUUCACAGCCUUCUACAGAAAAGCCUCUGGAAGAAAGUCAGGCAGCAACAGAUAAUGUUAAAGAAAGUAUUCUCAAACUAACCGUCACUGUGCCUGCAGCAACUAUAUCAGAAAAUAAACCUCGUGAGAAACCUACUACAGGUUCUAAUGUGUCUACAUCCAACUGUUCAAUUCCCACUGUUCAGCAAACCAGUGAGCCACAGUCAGACUUCACUUUCAGGUCUGACUCACCUCCUUCCAAAGAAUUUGCUCACCCAUCGCUGAUGUCACCAGGAGAACAGUUUGAAUCCCAUCUAAACCAGCAACUGCGGCCCCUCAUCCCCAACAACGAUGUGAGAAAGCUCAUCUCUCACGUUAUCAGGACUUUGAAGAUGGACUGCUCUGACCCCCAAGUGCAACUGUCCUGUGCCAAGCUCAUCUCCAGAACAGGCCUCCUGAUGAAGCUUCUCAGUGAGCAGCAAGAUUUCAAGUUGUCCAGGACUGACUGGGAUACAGACCAGUGGAAAACCGAGGCCUACGUCACCCAGAGCAGAGGAGCGCAAGGUGAACAGAAGGGUCUGGAACCAAAUCAGCUCACAAAAGCAGUUCCGGGAUACGGCUACAACAACAAAGUCAUCUUGGCGAUAUCUGUGACCGUCGUAGUGACCGUUUUGAUUAUCGCUUUCUGUCUCAUUGAGGUUUAUUCUCAUAGAGCAGCAAAAGAGGGAGAUGAAGAAAAGUUCUUAAGGAGUAAGAAAAACCACAGACAAACGAAGAGUGAGGAUGGGUUUUUCUGGAUAAGGUGCCCACUGUGGCUUAGGGACAUGUAUAGGCCUCUGCAUGACACCCGAAAGAAAAACAUGGCCCAGGACCUACAGGACAAGGAGUCCUCUGGAGAGGAGGAGAUUUUCAACAAGGAUGUACCAGGGGACAAGAAAGACGCCUUGGAGAUGGGAAAAUCGUCCACAGAAGAGAAUGAAACUGUCAGACCGUCAGAAUGA